AGCUGUGAAAUUCGGUCUACCGAUAAUCGAUGUAAACCCAUGUUUAAUUAACUUGUCCAUGUAAUUACUCUGCCUUGUAGGGUUGGGGCUUUUUUUGUUUUUUUUUUUGCAGUGGAAUCGUAUGAGUCGUAUUUUUGACACCCACUGGCAAAUGGGAAUAGUGUUGGAUACGAAGAAUCAAGGAGCUCGCCUUCUAGCUUCUGGCUCUAAUCUUGUACAUUAUGGAACAUACAUACCUAUUGCCAAGAGUCUUAUCAUGAGAGGCAGCGAUAGGAAACAGCCUGUACUAAUCGGAUAUAUCUGAAACUACUGGGAACGCUAGUAAGUUUUGGAUUAGAGGACCCUUGUGGAAGAUGGCAUGCCUAGCCUUGUUUGGUGUCUUACUGACAAGAGUAAUUGUGUGUGUGUGUGGCGAGUUCAUCCAGCCUCCGCCGUCCCUGGCCCUGCGCUCCUUUGCUGAUGAGGACUCUCGGCUGCCGUGCCAAUUUAAAGCACAAGAUGAGGACAGUGUGGUGCAGGUCACCUGGUACAGAGAGAGGAGAGGUGGUGUCAGGGAGCACAUCAUCACUAAACACAUGACAGAGGGUCUGCAAGUGUUUCCUGGCUUUGCGGGGCGCGUGCGUUUUGAGAGCAGUGACCCUAUUCAAGACUCAACACUGCUGAUCCAGAGCACAAAGGAGUCAGACCAGGCCACAUAUACCUGCCACAUUUCCACGUAUCCUUCAGGAAACUUUGAGCGACGCAUCCAGCUCAUCGUCUGGAGGCUGCCUAUCUCCUCAUUGGACCCUGUCAUUCUGGAGGAGGGUCAGGCCUUCCGCUUGGCAGCCAGCUGCAGGGCAGUUGGCUUGCCCCUGCCCCGCCUUUCCUGGGACACAGACGUCCCUGGCCAAUCGCAGAACAGGACAUCAGGGGAUGGGGUCGUCACCUCCAACUUUUUCCUACACCCUUUGCGGAGCAUGGAUGGGCGCAGGCUGGACUGUCUAGUGUGGCACCCUGCUCUGGAUCAGCCACGACGACUUCGCAACACGUUGGUGGUGCACUUUCCACCAGAUGCUGUGGUUGCUGGCUAUGAUCACAGCUGGUUGGUUAAUAAUAAGGGAGCUGAACUUAGAUGUGAAGGUGGAGGGAAUCCCCGGCCACUCAACUUCACCUGGACCAGGAAGGGUGCAGGUUUGCCUGAGGGUGUGUCCGUGGAAGGAAACAGGCUCAUUUUUACCCGCCCCCUGAAUAAGACGGACGAAGGAGUGUACCAAUGUGAGGCCAGGAACAAAGUAGGAGUGGUGAGAGCAGAGGUCAACGUUGAGAUUCCAGUAACAUCUGAAGCUUCUCAGAGUCAAGAUUCCAACAACAUCCUAUUAAUUAUCAUAGUUGGAGGAGCUGCUGGGACUUUGGUAGUUGUCAUGGUGAUUAUCAUCAUUCUGGUGAACCGCUACCAUAAACACAAGAACAGGAAGCUUAAGAGGGAGCUCAGUGAGAAAAAAGAAGAAAUAAACAAUCUUUCAAGACAGAACUCUAUGAGGAGACUGAACUCCAUCAGUACUGAUCCGAGGAUACAGACUGAAGACUGUGCACUAAUCAGAUUGGACAGUGCAAUGAAAAACAGCCUUUUAACGCUAGAGGAGAGCUCAGUGCUGUUCGAGCAGAGAGAAGGGCUGAGGGAAGGCGAGUACGAUAGCUUAGGUCGGCCAGCCAUCUACCCUUCCUGCCACUCAGAGCGCGGAAGCGGAAGGAGGAGGGAGAUGGAGGCAGAGAAGACCGAACGCAUGCGCAGGGUGGAGUCCUUCUUGAAGAACAGCACUUUGUCUAUGGUGAAGGAUCUGGAUCUUCACAGGGACCAGAGCCCCCCACCCUUGUCUGUGAGCUCAGGGCCUCUAAGACAAGCAGGGAUGGAGAAAGUGGGAUGGGGACAGAGAGAGGGAGUGACAGAGGGAGAAGAGGGCAACUGCACCCCUGAACCCUACGAGAUCUCCGAGGCACUUGCCAACCACUUCCACUGUAGCAAUGGCGUUCUCCGACCAAAGCCUCACCCAAAUGCAAUAAUACUGCACCCACAUGGCCAGAUCAUAUAGGGACCAUCUGC